AUGAGAGACUUCGUGUCCUGUUUCAGCGAGAACGCCAUUAACGUGGCUACCCAACAACCCCACAAUCAGUACUCCUUCUCCUGCUCCUCCUCCGCCGCCGUCGUCGUCUCCUCCCUAAACGCCGUCUCUUCCCUCUACCGAAUCAGCCUCUCCUCCCACAAGAAGCCCCUCCUCUUAUCCAUCACAUGGCCCCGCUUCCAAUCCGCGACCCAACAAGGGCUCACCAUCUCCAACGGCCCGUCCACCUUCAAGCUCAACACCAGCUCCGGCCUCUUCCGCAAGAAGAAGGGCAGCCGCUCGAUCGACGUUGGCGGACCUGAUUCCAAAUUCGACGUCUAUUGGGAUCUCUCCUCCGCCCGCUACGACUCCGGCCCGGAGCCCAUCGACGGGUUCUACGUCAUCGUUUUGGUCGAUUCCGAAAUUGCCCUCGUCCUCGGCGACCUGGCCGACGAAUCCGCCGUUCUGUCCAAGAAAUUGCUGAGGGCGGCGCCGGCCGCCGCCAAAGUCAGCUUGAUUUCGAGGCAGGAGCAUUGCUCCGGGAGUACUCUGUAUUCCACUAAAGCUCGAUUCUCCGAGACCGGCGGCCAGCACGAUAUCCUGAUUAAAUGCAGCGGCGGCGGCAGCGAGGGGGAGAAGGAAGGGCUGAAGCAGAGGCAUCACCACCCUGUUCUCUCCAUCAUCGAUAAGAAGCAGGCGGCAACGACGGCGACGACUGCUGCAGCGGCGGUGUUUAUGUUCCGAACGAGGAGUGGGUUGGACAGCAGGCUGUGGCUGGAGGAGAAAUUAGCGCAGAAGGAGAAAUCAGCAGCAGCAACAGUAGAGACUAGAAUUCUCAUUGCUGAUUUACGC